AGCUAACGUUAGACAGAAAAAAAAGCAGUGACGGGGAAAGAGAAGCGAAAUCGGAUCCGUCAGACGUAUCACAGUUUCAGUCCUUUUCUGCUUUCUUUAACGGGAGUCGUUCUUUAUUCUAAGAGGAUGCACAUUUUUAAACGAUUUAAAUAAAUUUGGAUGGAUUGUGCUUGAGUUUAAGCGAACCCGUAAAUCUAUUUUUUUUUUUUUUUUUUUACCGACGGCGACGGGCAAGCCAAGGAUUAUUCUUUUCCCCGCCUCGUUUUUUUUCGCGUGAUAGAGCUUUAGUCUAAUAUUUUAUACAAGCUUUCAUUAUACAACGUCGUGUUUGCGUGGAGAACUUGGCGGAAGAUGGGCUGUUUGGGGAACAGCAAGACCGAAGACCAGCGUAUUGACGAGAAGGCUCAACGAGAUGCGAAUAAAAAGAUAGAGAAACAGUUACAAAAGGAAAGGCAGGCUUACAAAGCCACACAUCGGCUGCUUUUAUUAGGGGCUGGAGAAUCCGGAAAGAGUACGAUUGUCAAGCAGAUGCGGAUCUUGCACGUCAACGGCUUUAACGCAGAAGAAAAGAAGCAGAAAAUUUUGGAUAUCCGAAAAAAUGUGAAGGAUGCUAUUGUAACAAUAGUAUCGGCCAUGAGCACUUUAAUACCCCCAGUGCCACUUGCCAACCCAGACAAUCAGUUUCGAGCUGACUAUAUAAAAAGCAUAGCUCCACUUUCUGACUUCGACUACACAGAGGAGUUUUUUGAACAUGCAAAAGAACUUUGGGAUGAUGAAGGUGUGAAGGCCUGCUUUGAACGGUCCAACGAGUACCAGCUCAUCGACUGUGCCCAAUACUUCCUGGACCGAAUAGAUUCAGUUCGGCAGAAUGACUACACACCAACAGACCAGGAUUUGCUUAGGUGCCGAGUUUUGACUUCAGGGAUUUUUGAAACACGAUUUCAAGUAGACAAAGUAAAUUUCCACAUGUUUGAUGUAGGUGGUCAGAGAGACGAAAGAAGAAAGUGGAUCCAGUGCUUUAAUGAUGUCACGGCUAUCAUAUUUGUGGCAGCCAGCAGCAGUUACAACAUGGUGAUCAGAGAAGACAACAGUACUAACCGUCUGCGCGAGUCCCUAGAUCUGUUCCGCAGUAUCUGGAAUAACAGGUUUUUACGGACCAUCUCAGUGAUCCUAUUCCUGAACAAACAAGACAUGCUGGCAGAGAAGAUCCUGGCUGGAAAAUCCAAACUUGAAGAUUACUUUCCUGAGUACACUCGAUAUACUGUCCCACCUGAUGUGACCCCUGAUGCUGGGGAAGACCCAAAAGUAACCAGGGCCAAGUUCUUCAUUCGGGAUGAAUUUUUGAGGAUCAGCACAGCAAGUGGUUCGGACAAACACUACUGCUACCCCCAUUUUACCUGUGCUGUGGACACAGAGAAUAUCCGUCGUGUCUUCAAUGACUGUCGUGACAUCAUCCAGAGGAUGCAUCUCCGACAGUAUGAGCUUUUGUGAUUGGCUGCCACAACCUGUCUAUUCUCCAAUCAGAUCACUUCUUCUCCACUCCAAGAUUUCAGCAGGAAUAUGUGAACUACUGAUGAAUGACAAUGUUGUGAUUUUUUUAUUUUCCCCUCAACUUAUGAUUUACUCCACUUUAUCUCCUUAUUUAUAGAAGUGUGUGUGUGUAUGUGUUGGCACCUGUAUUUCUUAAGUUUUGAGAACAUUUUAUUUUGAUAUUCUACUUGAUGUGGUUGGAUGUUGACCAGCCAACCGAAUUAAAUCUGUGGUGACUUUAGGCAA